AUGGUUGAUACAAGACGUACAAAGAGUAACGCCACCACGACGGGCCCAUCUCAUGGUUUCGUGGUGGAAACCUCAAUGCAACAGCACGGAAUCAUGCCUGCCAAUGCCCUGCAGCCGUCUUCUAGUGCUUUGCAGCCGCCUUCAGCUGCUGGAAUUGCAGAACAGCCGCCAAAUGACCUUGGGACCUCCAUAGCCUUGCAGUCGCCAGCGCCGAUUACCGGAGCUGCUCUGCCUCGCUGUCCUGCCGUCGGAGCACAGCAGCAGCCACACCACUUAACUACCGGACUUGCUGCACAGCCCCAUGGCUACUCUGACAUCGUCCCAGUCUUGGAGCAGAUCCAUUCUCUCCUUCCUCUGCGAUCACACUUGACAUAUGCACCUGUGUACGCGUCUAAUGGAGCCCUAGCCCACAUGCCGUUGGGCCCAAUGCACACCACUCUACUUGACCCGGGCAGUCAGGUGGACCUUAACUCGCGGGUUGAUCAACUCAGACAGAAGGUCGAUGAUCAAAACAACCUGAUUGGCCAGCUACUCAGGCAGAUCAACUUGAAUCAAGGCCCCAACCUUGGACCCCGUGACGAGGAGAGGAGGGCACACGAGCAUGCUGGCGAGCAGUUCGAGAGGUCCCAGGCUAGUCAGACAAGGGCAAACCGGCAGGGGAGAGAGCGAGAUCGUGCAGACGAGACGCAGACAGCUGCGAGCUGUACUCUGAGCCGUUCGAGGUUAGGACCCAGGACCAGUAAUGCAAGCUGCCAACGAGGCAGGAAACACUCUUAG